AUGUCGACCGACAUCGAAGAUGCACAGGAGACGACCCAUUACGUACCGGAAGGCAUACCCCCACGAAGUACAAGACCCUCCCGGCGCCACCUGUAUCAGCCUUUGACAAAUUUGGCAGCUUCUGGUGGAGGCUGCCCAAAUGAUCCCCGGGAAAACGUUGCUGCUCAAGCAUCCACUGGCCGCCUGGUUUGGACUUUUGUUGUUGGUGGCGUUCUUGGGGCUGCUGCAGCAGGCUGCUUCCUUUUCAGCGCCAACCGUCAGAAAAGAGCUCGUAGCAUUGUCUCGGGGAUUGCGACCAUCAAUGCUUGUGAAGGCAAAGACUGUACGAGCUUUGAUUGCGAAAAAGAUCAAGGUGAUUGGGUCGAGAAGUGGUCAAAUUCCAAGAAGCUCUAUUGCUGUGGGAUGACCUGCCUGGAGAAGUCCAUAAGGUUGAAGAAGAAGAUGCCAAGUGGACCUCCUGCUGUGCCGAAGCUCUCAGUGCCGCAUUCCACGACUACGACUACGACUACUACGAACACCACCACAAUUAAAGUGACUACGACUAGCACCGCUGAGACUACUGCAGCGACAACUUCCAAACACGCAGUGGUGCACCCUGAGCCCAAGAUCCAUGCACCCUCGCUUUUAAAAGGGAUCAGCUAUUGCCCAGUGCCGGUGAAAGCCACAGAGUCAUUGAAGUCUGAUGAUUGGAUGACAGACUUAGCCAAACCACUCUGGAGUGCAUCUGGGCGUGGAGACCUUCAUGUCAUGCAUUCACUAGGUGCCAAUGCGGUUCGGCUCUAUGGCAACAAUCCGGAGCUUGACCACGCGCACUUCCUGGAUGAAGCGCAUGCAAAUGAUUUGAAGGUGAUCCCUGGCAUGAGCGAUUUCCCCUACUACCAAGACCCGACAACAAGCUGCGUUGCCACACAAUAUAACUGCUUCAGCCAAAUCAAGAAGCAGUAUGGAGAGAAUCUGAAGAAUGGCUUCUUGACAAAAGAGAAGCAGUACCAUCCAGCAUUGAGGUACUUCAUUUUGAUCAAUGAGCCUGAUCUGAAGAUGCCUCGCACCGCCAACAGUGCUCCCGGGGAUGCUGCGUUGCUGGCAAAAGCCAUCGUCAGCUCUUUCGACGCUGUGUUGGAUGCUGAGAAGGAUGCACGAGUAGUGGGGACCGUCAUCAACUUUACAACCACCUUCUCCUAUGCCAUUUGCACUGCCUGCCCCAACAACGAGGGUCUGCCCGCCUUGGGGCAAAUGCUGCUGAUUGAGGAUGCCAUGAGGUCUCCCGAAAAGUAUGGCUACAGGCCAAAGCACCAGCUCUACCCGGCCUACCUUCAGAGAUGGGUCAACAGCUUUAACACAGCCAACUCAGCGGCCGAUCUUCAGCGUGCAUUCUUUACUCACUACGGGAAGGUCUUCCCCACGACUCCCGUCUUCAUUGGCGAGUAUCAUAAGCCGGAAGGACCGGUGCUCGCUGAAGUCAAGGAUAUUCUACACCUUACCACCACCAUGCCGCUAUUUCUAGGCAUCUCUUUCUUCGAGUUCCAAGUUGCAUACUGGAAGGGUGGCGCAGAAAUGGCCUUCGGCCUAUUUGGGCUCGGUGGCUACCCCAUUGGCCACUUCAAGUAUGCAGAUGGAGCAAAAUAUACAUCUUGGUGCUUGCAGCCACAGUUGGUGGGCGGAGCCCUGCUGCCUGACGCCCUCGCUGAAGCCUACGGUGGCCACGCGCCGGAUGUGUCAGAGCUUUGCCUGCCGCAGCCCGAUACAGUGCCACUCUCUCAACUGGGCUACAAUUUGAUUGUGGGGUUGAAAGAUAUGGACAAGUUCCAACGUUUUGUCGCUCGGGUUGCCACCCACUUGGGCUUGGAUGUGGUCGAUGGCAAUGGCUUGAAGGAGUUUGCCAAGAUAUACAUGGAUGGCUCAGGGCCUGGCUACCAAUUUGACAACGUUGUCAAAGACAUGCAAUCUCGGGUCUCCGCUAGCCGUGAUGCAGAGGUGCCAUUCGCGGCUUUGCAGCUGCUUGAUCCAGAGUGCCAGGUGGCCUCAGCGCCAACGCCAGGGCCGCACCAGAUUGAGUCGAUCCUCGAGCGGCGCCCUACGUUGGGAAUCCUGGCGGAAACGCUUACCAUCUCUUGCACCCUGCUGGCCCGAUGGGCGAGAGAGGAACACAGUGGCAAAGUACCACAGGUCUCCAAAUGCGCGGCAGAGUGCCGCUCCUUCAUGCAGAGCCUGCUUGAAGUGUGCUUGGAGGAGGAGUUGCAAGCGAUGCAGCAAAAGCUCCUGCAUUUGUUGGAAGCUCUUGUUGGGCGACUGCAGGCACUACCUUCCGGCGGAAUCGCUUGGGUGCCAGUUGGCUGGCUUCGCCGCCUCGGACCUGACAAGGUCGAAGGUGAAGACGGCGGCCACGUUCUCAUGAUCGUUUUGGUGCGCCACUUAACAGACGAGGACUUCACCGUGGCCGUGGUGAACGCUGGUGAAGGACUUCAGUAUCACCCUGUACGACCAUGUGGCAAGGCGCCUCGACCAGAAAUGCCCGAGCGCCAGUGCCCUCUAAUUUUGUGCGAUGUGCCAUCCCGCCGCGUGACGUGUGGCAUGUUUUGGUAUCUCCUUUUUAGACAACUUGUCGCACCCUCAGUUGGUUGACAUUAGUCUCAGCCACAGUGACCCGUCAUUGUCUAUGGAUGUUCCCCAAAGAGCCCCGAGCCAAGACCUUCUGCAUUAUCACCAAGAGGGCUUUGCCAUGCUUGCGUUUGAG